UGGCUCAAGUCCCGGGACACUGGGCUGGCUGCAGCACAGCAGAGCUGGGUGCAGGCACAGCCCGGUACAAGUAGUGCUGGCCUCCCAGUAGAAAUCAAGGCUCAGAGCAGGAGACAAGGAGGUGGUGAUGGAAGUCCUUCAGGCAACAGCAAGGGAACCCCAGCUGCUGCACUUAGGGGCUGGGGUCAUCACUCUGCUGUUGGCAAUUGUGUCCUUGUGGUCCCUGCCUUUCUUUAGGGAUUACUGGAGGCAAUGGUGGGUGAUGAAACCAAUCCCAUCUGUCUGCCCCAGCUUUCCUGUCCUGGGACAUGCUCCGUUCUUGGAUCGCAGUGGAAAAGGGUUUUUUAAACAACUACAACAUUACAGUGAGGAGUUCAGGAGCUGGCCGUUGCUCAAACUUUGGGUAGGACCAUUGCCUUUCAUAGUUUUGUAUCACCCUGAGAGUGUGGAGAUUAUUCUGACCAGUUCAAAACAUAUUGAAAAAUCCUACCUGUACAAAUUCCUGCAUCCAUGGCUGGGGACUGGACUUCUGACAAGCACUGGAGACAAGUGGCGGUCACGAAGGAAGAUGAUAACUCCCACAUUCCACUUUGCAAUCUUAACUGACUUUCUUGAGGUUAUGAAUGAACAAGGAAAUAUUUUGUUGGACAAACUUGAGAAGCAUGUUGACAAAGAACCAUUUGAUAUCUUUCCAGACAUCACUCUUUGUGCCCUUGAUAUCAUCUGUGAAACAGCGAUGGGCAGGAAUUUGGGUGCUCAGAAGAAUAAGGAUUCAGAGUAUGUUAGUGCUGUCUACAGGAUGAGCGAUCUAAUCCAUGUGCGGCAGAAGACACCUUGGCUUUGGCCUGAUUUUCUCUAUGUGAUGUUCAAGGAAGGAAAGGACCAUGAGAGGAGCCUGAAGAUCCUGCACAAUUUUACAGAUAGAGUCAUUGAUGAAAAAGCCGCAGAACUUGAAAACACCAAGGAAACAAAACAUAAUCUUGAUGGCAACUCUGAAGAAAGUGGCACCAGAAAGAGAAGAGCUUUUCUGGACAUGCUACUGAGCACAACAGAUGAUGAAGGGAACAAAAUGUCUCACAGGGAUAUUCGUGAGGAAGUGGACACUUUCAUGUUUGAGGGUCAUGAUACAACAGCAGCUGCUAUGAACUGGGCCUUGUACUUGCUUGCACGUAAUCCUGAAGUACAGAAAAAAGUUCACAAAGAACUGGACGAAGUGUUUGGCAACACCGAACGUCCUGUUACAAUGGACGAUUUGAGAAAUCUUCGAUACCUUGAGUGUGUUGUGAAAGAAGUCCUUCGACUCUACCCCUCAGUUCCAAUGAUUGGCCGGACCUUGAGAGAGGAUUGCUCUAUUAGAGGGUAUGACAUACCAAGAGGUGCAAAUGUUAUUGUCUUAACUUACGCCCUGCACAGAAACCCUGAGAUCUUCCCUGACCCAGAGGAGUUCAGGCCUGAGCGAUUCUUGCCUGAAAACUCUAAGGGAAGGCACCCAUAUGCUUAUGUGCCCUUCUCAGCUGGUCCCAGGAACUGCAUUGGUCAGCGCUUUGCACAAAUGGAGGAGAAAACUCUUCUAGCCCUCAUCCUGAGGCGCUUUUGGGUGGAGUCAAGUCAAAAGCCAGAAGAUCUUGGCGUAGCUGGAGAAUUGAUCCUUCGCCCAAAUAACGGCAUCUGGGUUAAGCUGAAGAGGAGGCCAGUUGUUGAAACAGAAUGAAAGGAAAUGCAAAUUUGAUUUUUCCAAAGCCUUUUAAUUUGUUCAGGUUGAGAUAUGUUUUUAAAUCAGAUAUUUUUUAUAGCAGUCCAAUAAUUAGUUGAAGUUCAAGUCCUUGCUGAUUGUGUCAUUAAAAGAUGUUGCAAUAGUCCUAAAUUACUCUCUUUUCUAGUUCAUAUGGACUUUGUGUUAAACUUUGAAGCCUUCAAACGUCAAAUACUAGUGCCUUACGUACUCAGACAAGACUAUGCUAUUGCAACAGUAAACAAAAAUCCUUUCAAUUAUGGUAGUAAUAACAGUAAUGUAUCUCAUGGAGUGACCUGCUUGUAUUCCACAUUUGCAAGGUAAUUGAUAGUCGGAAAUCUUCGUAACACUGGUACAAGUGAUCAGUUCUUUCACUUAGCACAUUUUUUUUUCCUGUUCUGGUGAUAGCUGUAAAAUGGGCCCAGCCUUGAGACCUAUCAAUGCAGAGAUGACUCAUGGGGAGUUGUGUAGAUAGCUUAACCCUGAGUUGUCCAUAAACCAUAGACCAAAUAGGGCAGUGCUACAUAUUCAGAGAACUGAAACCUGAGCUGAGCCUCUGAGUCCCUCAAAAAAUAAUAUAUCCUGAGUCUCAACUCCAGCCACCACUUCCUUGCUCAAGGAGAAUAAAGAGAAGCUAAGGGGAUUUCAGUGUCAGUUUCAGCCAACUACCCUGUGUACACAGACAAUCAUAAGAUCAGCAGAAGAGAAGUAAAAAGAAGAGCACACAAGUGAACCCCAUCUGUAGUUUAAAGAAAAGGAUAAUGAGAAACUCCAUUAUACUGCCAAAGAGAAACCUCUCCAGAUGGUAUCACCCACUCAUGCGUAGU